GCUCCUGGUGGUGAGGACAAGGCUCCUGGUGGUGAGAACAAGGUCCCUGGUGGUGAGGACAAGGUUCCUGGUGGUGAGGACAAGCUUCCUGGCGGUGAGGACAAGGUUCAUGCCGGUGACGACAAGAUUCCUGCCGGUGAGGACAAGGUUCCUGCCGGUGAGGACAAGGCUUCUGCCGUUGAGAACAAGGUUCCUGCCUGUGAGGACAAGGUUCCUGGCGGUGAGGACAAGGUUUCUGGCCGUGAGCACAAGAUUUCUGCCGGUGAAGACAAGGUUCCUGCCGCUGAGGACAAGGUUCCUGGCGGUGAGGACAAGGUUUCUGGCCGUGAGCACAAGAUUUCUGCCGGUGAAGACAAGGUUCCUGCCGGUGAGGACAAGGUUCCUGGCGGUGACGACAAGGUCCCUGGCGGUGAAGAAAAGGCUCCUCGCGGUGAGGACAAGGUUCCUGGCGGUGAGAACAAGGUUCCUGGCGGUGAGGACAAGGUUCCUAACAGUGAGGACAAGGUUCCUGCCGGUGAGGACAAGGUUCCUGCCGGUGAGGACAAGGUUUCUGCCGUUGAAAACAAGGUUCCCGCCUGUGAGGACAAGGUUCCUGGCUGUGAGGACAAGGUUUCUGGCCGUGAGCACAAGGUUUCUGCCGAUGAAGACAAAGUUCCUGCCGGUGAGGACAAGGUUGCUGGCCGUGACGACAGGGUUCCUGGCGGUGAAGACAAGGCUCCUAGCGGUGAGGACAAGGUUCCUGGGGUUGAGAAAAAGUUCCCUGGCGGUGAGGACAAGGUUCCUGGCGGUGAGGACAAGGUUCCUGGCGGUGAGGACAAGGUACCUGGCGGUGAGGACAAGGUCCAUGGCUGUGAGGCCAAGGUUCCUGACGCUGAGUACAAGGUUCCUGACGCUGAGCACAAGGUUCCUGUCGGUGAGGACAAGGUUCCUAGCGGUGAGGCCAAGUUUCCUGCCGGUGAGGACAAGGUUCCUGCCGGUGAGGACAAGGUUUCUGCCAUUGAGGACAAGGUUCCUGCCUGUGAGGACAAGGUUCCUGGCGGUGACGACAAGGUACCUGGCGGUGAGGACAAGGUUCCUGGCGGUCAGGCCAAGGUUCCUGACGCUGAGUACAAGGUUCCUGACGCUGAGGACAAGGUUCCUGUCGGUGAGGACAAGGUUCCUGGCGGUGAGGCCAAGGUUACUGGUGGUGACGACAAUGUACCUGGCGGUGAGAAUAAGGUUCCUGGCGAUGAGGACAAGUUUCCUGGCGGUGAGGACAAGGUUCCUGCUGGUGAGGACAAGGUUCCUGCCGGUGAGGACAAGGUUCGGGGCGGUAAGGACAAGGUUCCUGGCGGUGAGGAUAAGGUUCCUGGCGGUGAGAACAAGGUUCCUUGCGGUGAGGACAAGAUUGCUGGCGGUGAGCACAAGGCUCCUGGCGGUGAGGACAAGGUUUCGUACGCUCAGGACAAGGUUCCUGGCGGUGAGCACAAGGUUCCUGCCAGUGAGGACAAGGUUCCUGUCGGUGAGGACAAGGUUCCUGCCGGUGAGGACAAGGUUUCUGGCGUUGAGGACAAGGUUCCUGGCUGUGAGGACAAGUUUCCUGGCGGUGAAGACAAGGUUGCUGGCGGUGAGGACAAGGUUGCUGGCGGGGACGGCAAGGUUCCUGACGCUGAGGACAAGGUUCCUGGCGGUGAGAACAAGGUUCCUGGCGGUGAGGACAAGGUUCCUGGCGGUGAGGACAAGGUUCCUGGCGGGGACGACAAGGUUCUUGGCAAGGGACUGCGAGGUUGCUGGCGGUGAAGACAAAGUUCCUGGCGGUAAGGACAAGAUUUCUGGCGGUGAGGACAAGGUUUCUGGCGGUCAGGACAAGGUUCCUGGCGGUGAGGACAAGGUUUCUGGCUGUGAAAAAAGUUCCUGACGCUGAGGACAAGGUUCCUGGCGGUGAGAACAAGGUUCCUGGCGGUGAGGAUAAGGUUCCUUGCGGUGCGAACAAGGUUCCUGGCGGUGAGGUUAAGGUUCCUACCGGUGAGGAGUAAGUUCCUGGCGGUGAGGACAAGGUUCCUGGCGGUGAGCACAAGGUUUCUGGCGGUGAGGUUAAGGUUCCUGGUGGUGAGGACAAGGUUCCUGGCGGUGACUUCAAGGUUCCUGGCGGUGAGGUUAAGGUUCCUGGCGGUGAGGACACGGUUCCUGGCGGUGACGACAAGGUUCCCGGCGGUGAGGACAAGGUUGCAGGCUGUGAGGACAAGGCUUCUGGCGGUGAGGACAAUGUUUUUGGCGGUGAGGCCAAGGUUUCUUGCGGUGAGGCCAAGGUUUCUGGCGGUGAGAACAACGCUCCUGGCGGUGAGCACAUGGUUUCUGGCGGUGAGGACAAGGUUCCUGGCGGUGAGGACAAGGUAUCUGGCGGUGAGGACAAGGUCCAUGGCGGUGAGGCCAAGGUUCCAUACGCUAAGUACAAGGUUCCUGACGCUGAGGACAAUGUUCCUGUCGGUGAGGACAAGGUUCCUGGCGGUAAGGCCAAGUUUCCUGCCGGUGAGGACAUGGUUCCUGCCGGUGAGGACAAGGUUUCUGCCGUUGAGAACAAGGUUCCCGCCUGUGAGGACAAGGUUCCUGGCUGUGAGGACAAGGUUUCAAGCCGUGAGCACAAGGUUUCUUCCCGUGAAGACAAAGUUCCUGCCGGUGAGGACAAGGUUGCUGGCCGUGACGACAAGGUUCCUGGCGGUGAAGACAAGGCUCCUGGCGGUGAGGACAAGGUUCCUGGCUGUGAGGACAAGGUUCCUGGCGGUGAGGACAAGGUUUCUGGCGGUGAGGACAAGGUUCCUGGCGGUGAGGACAAGGUAUCUGGCGGUGAGGACAAGGUCAAUGGCGGUGAGGCCAAGGUUCCAUACGCUAAGUACAAGUUUCCUGACGCUGAGGACAAUGUUCCUGUCGGUGAGGACAAGGUUCCUGGCGGUAAGACCAAGUUUUCUGCCGGUGAGGACAAGGUUCCUGACGCUGAGUACAAGGUUCCUGCCGGUGAGGACAAGGUUCCUGGCGGUGAGGAAAAGGUUCCUGGCGGUGAGGACAAGGUUCCUGGCGGUGAGGAUAAGGUUCCUGGCGGUGAGGACAAGGUUCCCUGCGGUGAGGACAAGAUUGCUGGCGGUGAGCACAAGGCUCCUGGCGGUGAGAAGAAGGUUUAUUACGCUCAGGACAAGGCUCCUGGCGGUGAGGACAAGGUUCCUGCCAGUGAGGACAAGGUUGCUGGCGGUGAGGACAAGGUUGCUGGCGGUGACGGCAAGGUUCCUGGCGUUGAGGACAAGGUUCCUGCCUGUGAGGACAGGUUUCCUGGCGGUGAGUCCAAGGUUCCUGGUGCUAAGGACAAGGUUCCUGGCGGUGAAAAAAAUAUACCAUGCCCACUAUAA